AUGGAAAAAUACAAAAAAAUACUAGAAAGAAUAUUGGUAAAUAAAAAUAUUCCAUGUAAAAGAUACGAAUUUGGUUCAUACGAAAUUGAUAAAAGAGAGGUAUUUAUAACGACUAGCCAUUCUUAUGGGUUUGUUAAUAACAAGCCAUUAUUGCCGGGUCAUAUUUUAUUAACAACUCAGAAAAAAAAAAAAAAAUAUAAUGAUUUAGAUAUAGAUGAAAUAAUAGACAUACAUUUAUUAUCUAAUUUUAUGUGUUAUGUUAUGGGACAAUUAUUCAAUACAGAUAAUUUUUCUAUAGCUAUACAAGAUGGAGAAUAUGCAGGUCAGACUGUUGAUCAAGUACAUAUACAUAUAAUACCACGAACUAAAUUGGAUUAUAAAAAUAAUGAUAAUAUAUAUAAAGACUUAAAUAAAAUUGAUUGGGGAUAUGGAAGAAAUAUAAUAUGUAAUUCUUGCAAUUCUUCAAUUCAUGUAAAUUUACAAAAUAAACACGAUGACAAUUUUAAAUUGGAAGAAUUCAACUGUUCUAUAAGAUCAAUGGAUGAAAUGGAAAAGGAAGCCACCAUGAUUAAGUCGUUCAUAGACAAUAUUACCCUCUAA